AUGAAAGUUUCAGAAGAAGAAGUAGUUCCGCUAUUUGAAAUUGUGGACCAUCCUACGACAAGCGUGGGUUCAGUUAUUGACAAUCAAGAAUUGGUUUGGGAAACUGAAAUAUUGGAUUACCAAGAUAAAAAGACAACUAGAAAAAAAUAUAAAAAUGAACCAAUUGAUUCAUUUGAAAAUUUUAUAAAGUGGUCGGAAUUUCAAAACAAGCAAAUAUUACCUAUAUUCAAUUAUCUUCCAUAUUUUGAUCCCAAGGAUGCCAAUGUUAUCAAUGAGUGGAUAUCUGCUUUUAAUGAAUUUUUUGAUUUGUACUCUGGAAUAAAGUCGGCAUUGUUACGAAGCGAUACAUAUGAUUUCCAAGUUAAAAAUAUCAUACAUAUUCCUGCCCGUGGUCCAUGGUUAAAAGAGUGUGUUACAACACUUGGCCGCCGAGUUGUAAAGUAUCUUGAAUCCAGCAAAAUGAUUGAGAAUCAUAUCGAUAAAUCUGGAAAUGACAUGAGCGUGGUUGAUAUUUGGAACUACCUACUCAAUGCAGAUGUGAACUAUACAAAAGUUUUAGCUGUCAGAUUAAGUGAGAUUGCCGAAUAUAUGUUUGUUUACAAAGCUAAUAUACCCAGAAUUGUCACCUCAGACCCCAUUCAAGAGUAUAUUAGACGCAAUAAUUCCAAGUUUAUUGAGCGUUCAUAUGAUCCUGCUAUUAAGUUUUUGGUAAAAAUUGAUCAUUUAAUAUUAGGUACGACAUAUUACAAUGCAGUCAAGGAAAACACUGGGGAUUUAUUUUGUAAAACAGUAAGUCAGUACUACAAAGAUUGGUUAGUGGACCAAUCCAAAGACCCUCCCUUGGUUGAAGAUGUAAUCAAGACAUUCAAUGAACUUCCAAAAUUUGAACAUAAACCAAUAUCUGAAACAGAGGCAAAUAACCUUAUCUAUGCCAUGGUUGUAAAUGAAGAAAGUGAAAGAAAUUUGAGAUAUCAGAAAUUUAGAAAAGAAGGUUUUUUGGAUAACCCCGUUAAUGAGAUAUUAGUGUUUAUUGGUAUAUUACUCACAAUUGUUUUGUUCAUUGUUGGUUUAGUAUAUCUCGUAUCUCCGCGGAAGAAAUCUAGAGGUUGA